CUUCUCUGUCCUCUUUCCCUGGUUUGUCGCUGAGCGAAAGCCUGUUGUUGCUGCUUACAUCCUACUCUCUUCCACUUCGUACAUAUUUCCUCGUUGCAAAUAACUUACUCAAAAUGGAUAAGAUUAAGGAGGUGAGUGUCAACCUGUCCCCCUCUUACCCCCCCUGUUGGCGGGGUAGCUUACAACCUACUGCCCCAAAUGUCCACAUGCACACCACCUAUGGUCUUGCCUCAACAUCUUGAUCCUGCAUAUUUCUGCUGCAGGAUAGUUCUCAUAAAUGGAAAAAAGCAAAAUUAACUUUCCUGAGAUGCACACUGACCUUGGCUGGUCUAGAGAAUGAACAACCUCCGCCUGGAGGCUGAGGAGGCUCAGGAGAAGGUCGAAGAACUCAAGACCAAGGUGAAGACGUUGGAGCAGGAGAACUUGGCCAAGGAGCAGGAAAUUACAUCCCUCAACCACCGGAACCAGCUUCUGGAGGGUGAGGUGGAGAAGCUUGAGACUGCCCUUAAGGAGGCCAAGGACGCUGCCAACCAGGGUGCUCAGCACGAUACCCAGAACGAAGCUCUCCAGAGACGUCUCCAGCUUCUGGAAGAGGAGGCCGAGGAUGCCGACAAGAACUUGCGCGAGACGAACGAGAAGCUCCGCCAAACCGACGUCAAGGCUGGUCACUACGAGCGCAAGGUGCAGGCUCUCGAAGCGUCUCGCGACCAAUGGGAGAGCAAGUAUGAGGAGAUGGCUAAGAAGUACGCCGAGCUGCAGAAGGAUCUCCACGAGCUCGAGGUCUCCAUUAGCAAUGUCUAAAGGCCAGGGUGGCGCAGAAUACCGGCAACAGGGGGCCCCAGCUUUUUUUCCUACAUAUACUAUCCUUUUAGCUUUCUAUCCCUGCACACCACAGCCUGAUUUCUUUCGUUCCUGUCGGCAGGAAGCGGCUUUGGCAGUCUCUGUCCGUCUUGUCAUCUAGCUGGCUUUGUUAUUGUUCCCAUCAACCGGUUUUCCGCUCGUCCUCGCAACCUUGUCUAUUCUUCCACUCGACGUCAAACAUUUCAUCGUUACCAGAAGGUACAUAGAGUAUAUUUAAUAGGAGUGUCCAUGUGCAUUAUCACCAUCUGUUGAUUAAAUUCAAGUCAAGUCCACUCACGAUCGCUCGCGUCGGGCGUUUGCCUUCCUCGAUUUAGAUGCGCGCUCCUUCAUUCUGGUUACCUUGCGCUCUUCCUUGCUU